GUUGCGAUCAUAUACCCUUUGCAAGCCCGAUCGUUCUGUACGAUGAAACAUGCCAAGUUUGUGACCAUUUUCAUCUGGAUCGGAUCUUUCGUAAUCGCCUCUCCAACGGCGUUUGUACAGAAACUGAAAGAGGUGGGCAACUCGCAGCGCAAGGCCCAUUGGUGUGUGAAGCAGUACAUGUCUCAUGAGUUUGAGAUCGCCUACGAAGUUUACAUGUUCUUCAUCCUGUUCGCAAUUCCUUUGGGGGUCAUGUUAGUGACCUAUAUCCGAAUUUCCAUCGAGAUUUGGGACGUGGUCUCCAAAAGAGCAGUGUUAAGAUCUGGGAGUGAGUACAACUACUCCUCCAGUCAGAGUCAGAGCAAUGGCGGAAUGGCCAGAGAGUCCUCAUUUGUCACUCAGUCGUCGACAAAAUCUAAGUCUGUGCCCAACGCUUGUAGUGUAGAUGCGAAGACCAGAAAACAGGUAAUUCUGAUGUUGAUGGUGAUCGUUCUUCUGUUCGCCAUUUGUUGGGGACCAAUCCUUCUGAACAAUCUGCUGGUCGCAGCGAAGGUCAUCAGCGAUCUACACGAGGGAUUCCUGAAGCCGAUGCGAAUGGCCUUCCAUCUGAUGUCGUACGCCAACAGUUGUGUCAAUCCGAUCGUUUACGGCAUCAUGUCCAAAAACUUCCAAGACAGUCUGAAAAGUGUUCUAAAGUGCUGCAACUCGCGGCAGACCUACCGAACGUACGUCUACAGCACUGAUACCACCAGGGCGUCCAUUCUCAAGUCCAGUAACAGCGAGGACAAAGAUAAUGGCUGUAUCGAAAUGAACUGAGUACCAGGAACCAAACUUUUCAUAGAAGACACAUUGUAAAUAAUUUCACUAUGGUUUCUUCUCUAAAUUCAUAUGUCGUAUACUACUGAUACGUUUAUAUUGUAGACCAAAAAAUUCUUAAAGAAGUGGCUUUAUUGCUCAAUGUAAAAAAAAUAUAAAGAUGGUAACAAUGUGUUGAAAUGUUACAACCCAUUGAGAUAGCAUUUACUUAGUAUAAGUAUCACAAAAACUAAUGCAAUGAGAUAUUAUUAUAAUAUAGAUGUAUGUAGUAAAUCAGAAAGAAGGGCAUUAUAUAAUUAUAUGUACAUAUACUGUAGUUUUGCUUUACAGCUGAAUAUCACCAAACAAAUGACCCAUGUAAAACAUUCUAGUUAAAGGCAGCUGAUGGUUUUCCAUGUAAUUUAGCUACCAUGUGCGAACAGAAAUAUCAUUCUUUUUUUUCUUUUUUUUGUUUACAAAAGAUUAAGCUUACUGUUUUUCAAAAUCACAAUUACCAAAAAUUUCGUUUUAAUUCUUUACUAAACAAAAGUUUUCGUGGCAAUUUUUAAGUUCAUUUCGGUACAUAUGUAUUAUUAUAUCUACCUGUUAAAAUUGAAUCAAAGUUUUUGUCGUAAUAAAACAACUGGCUGUUUCUUUGUAAAAAAUAGAGAAUUUUUUUUUGAAGUUCAAGGAUUCAGAUAAAAACUUCCAUUUUCAUAAUUACAGCUCAUUGAAUUUCCAAAUAGAUGCUAUUUAUCCUUGUCGCCUCGAUCUUAUUUUCAAGGGCAACCGGUAGUGGGAGAACGUUUGCGGGAGGAAGCGGAAGUGUAUUAGGUUUUGCCGUCUCAUUACAACAUUAAAUUACUCUUUUACCGUUAAUCCUUAUCGGAACAGCGGGAAAAAACCCUUUCCCUUUCUUCAAAUCAUCAAAUGUUCAGUAUAAGUCCAUAUAAAAAAUAAAUGUAUUCUUAAUAUUUAUUGACUCGUCAGUGCGUGUCACCACAAAAGGGUAGUAAUUACUUGCUCCAGGAAUCGGGAAAUACAUUUUAAUUGAUUCCAAUUAAGGUUUACUAUAUUUGAGUUCAAAGCAAGUUUAAUGCAAUUGUUGGAAGUCAGUCCUUGUCAAUGGCAUAUUGGAUCAAUACACAAAAGUCUCUCAAAGACAUAAAAAAACAUAACCAAUUUUAUAUGGUCAGAAUGAAAUGGUUUUAAGUUAAAAGGUUUUAGUUAGCAUUAUUUUAAAAACUAAAAAUAUCUCUGCUAAUGAAUAAAAUUUUUCAAUUCUAGACGUGAUUUGAAAGCACAGUUGCAUUAAAACAGAUGAGUUGGUAUUUUGGCAAGGCUGAUACUUACAUGCAAUAGAUUGUUGGGAAUUCCUCACUGUAACAAUGGCAUCACAUAAAAAUUGUUAAGAGCGAAUAAACCUGUGCCUAAUAAAUAGGUCUUGAGUGAUAUACUGUUAUUUAAAUAAAUUGAAGCUUAGCUGCUCAUGACUUUUAAGAAGUUACCAAUACGGCUUAGUUCUAGACAAAUAAUUAAUACUAAGACAGACUAAUGUAAAACUGAUUAAUGCAUUUAAUUGUAAAGUGAAUUAAAAUUUAUUUUACUAAACUAUCUAUCAUUGCAUUCAUUAAAAUUUGAUUUUUAAAAGGUAUUUUAGCAUCAGAUUCACACGUAUGCUCAUAAAAACUUCGUUUUUUUACGUUCAAAGAAUUGUAAAUAGCAAGUAUAUGCAUAAACAGGUAAUAUUGUAAUUUUACUAAUAUGCCAAAGUGCAGGUUUAGCCUUUCGAAAAAAAAUAUAUUAAAUAUAUAUAAUCAUGCAACACCAUUCUAUUAAGAAUUGAUUGAGCAUAUUCUUGUCACUCAUCUGUAGAAUAUAAUUUAUUUUCUCAUUCAAAUUAAUUUUAUGUCAGUCGGAAAUCUGAAUUGUUUUAAUGUGAUUUAGGACUAAAAUGAAAUUUUAAAAAAUGUCAUGGUUUAUAAAAUUUUGUUAGCCAUAUAAUUGUAGGAUAGCGUUUUGGAUGUCCUGAUUAUAGCAAUUAUAAUUACAUAAUGGUCAUGCUGUAUAAAAAUUUAUGUGCUUUAUAUAUACAAUGUACCUUAGUAGAGAAAUAUUUCUUUUAAUAUAAUCA